AUGGUUCAAUUAUUGGCUGAUCCCGCAUUCUCGCCCGCUGGAACUCCAACACACGAGGGCACUAAUGGGCCUCUUAUGAAGCGCCCUGGCCCUGUCAGGACUGACUCUUCAACACCGAUGACCAGGGAAGAACAUGCCAAACGAAUGCAGGAGCUCAACAAAAAGAGGGGACUGAUGAGGGCACCCAGAAGAGGCUGGUCAAUGACUGACUACCAAGGCGACCAUGUUGCCGGGUCGCACUCGGGCGCUUCUCACAUUGAGCGACAAGCACCCAUCCCCGAAAAUGAGUCGCCUCCUCCAUCCACGCCUUACCAGCACUCAACUCCUGAAGUACCAGCCGAGGAUAAAGCGGCCCAGCUUCCUCGUCGACCCAAGUUGCCUCCUCCUCGUCGCUCAUACUCUGUAAUGGAUUAUGAACCAGUUCCUCAGACACAGCCACAGCCCCCUAAAGAUCACACACUGCUAGAUCUUCCCUCGGAGCUCCAUUACACCAUCUUUGAUCACCUUGAUCCCAUUGACAGCGUUUGCUUCGGCCUCACAAACUCCAACUUCUACGAAAUUCACCGACGACUCCACGGCACAGUUCCUCUCUCCAGCCGUUACUCUGGACCAAACGACAUGGAGUGGGCUUGGCGAGGAGCUGGCCCCCUUGUCCACCGACAUGAGCGAAACCCUGAAAAGGAGGAUCCUAUGGGACAGAUGCGUGUCAAGGGCCAGGUGUACUGCAGAAAGUGUGGCAUUUUGCGAUGUGAGCUGCAUCGUCACCUCAAAGACUGGAUGGGCGACGGUUACGAGUACUGCUCCAUCAAGGAGGUCUUUGGCAAGCCCGCAGGAGAGGAUGCAAAGCCAUACUGCUACAUGAAGUCGCCGAAAAACCCGCACAGAUGUGGACGUCACGGAGGGAAAUAG